ACAUUACAUUACUUAGCCGCGUGUCCACCGCACAUCCAUCACCCGAGCGUUGUCAUCCCGGCCGCCGAAAUUGCGAGUAGAUCGGCGUGACCGCUAGAUCGUCGCCCGAGAUUUUGACGGGCCGAUAUGCCGGCAAUACAAAACACGUAUGAACUUGUCCACACACUGCCGUCGCCGUCGCACCGUACACGAACUCAGUUAUUAUUUUGUUUGUAAUCAAUUAUCAUUAAUUAGUAUAACAUUGUAAUAAAAAUGGCGAAAAAAUUUAAAUACGAUUUUUAUUCAUUAAUAGAAAUUAUAGAAAGUAAAGAAUGUUUGUGGGAUAAAACCAAGGAAGUGUCCAAAGAUAAAGUUUUGCGUAGAAAUGCAUGGCGCGAUGUUUGUGCCUUUUUAGAGCCGAACUUUGAGGAUAUGGACCAGAAAAACAAAGACGAAAUUACAAGUGCUGUCAUGAACAAGUGGAGUAAUAUUCGAGACACAUUUACAAAGUCCCUUAAGACUAAGUCAGGACAAGCCGCAAAAAAAAAGUACAUUUACAGUGAUAACCUACAAUUUCUACUUAAGACUGUAACACCCGACGAAACUGAUUCAAGCAUACCAACUGAAAAUGAUUCUGAAAGUCUUCCCGAAAGCCAACAAACAUCACAUAGUAACCUAGACCAAUCAAUACCUUCCCCAUCCGUGACCGUGCAUUUAUGA